AAUGUAUCACGUAGCCUUGGUUGCUCGACGGUCACAUGACAGUAGAGUGAGUAUGGCUCCUUCCUAUCAAGCUUCACCUAUCGGAAAUCCGAACGCACCUCUGUAGCAGAGCAGUGCUAUCUCCAUGGAGGAGUGAAAAUGGCUCCUUUUCCCGAAGAAGUUGAUGUCUUUACAGGCCCGCACUGGCGGAUGAAACAUCUGGUUGGUGUUUAUUGUGAAAAGCUGUCGAAGACCAACUUUUCAAACAACAGUGACUUCCGAUCCUUUCUGCGGUCGCUGUGUGCCACAUUCAAGGAGUUCAAGAUGCACGAGCAAAUUGAAAACGAAUACAUUAUUGGUUUGCUGCAGCAGCGCUGCAGAACUAUUUAUAACGUUCAUUCGGACAACAAGCUCUCCGAAAUGCUCAGUCUCUUUGAAAAGGGACUGAAGAAUGUUAAGAAUGAAUAUGAACAGCUGAACUAUGCACAGCAAUUGAAGGAGAGGCUGGAAGAGUUUACUCAGGAUUUCCUGCCUCACAUGAAAGAGGAGGAAGAGGUGUUCCAGCCGAUGCUGAUGGAGUAUUUCACCUAUGAAGAGCUGAAGGAUAUCAAGAAGAAGGUGAUUGCUCAGCAUAGCUCACAGAGGCGCUGGGACACAAUGGAGCUGUUAAAGGGGCUAAGCCUGUGGAACCAAGCUGAGGAACUUCACAAAGUGUUCAAGUACUCUGCAGAUGAGAAAGUGGAUGAAGGCUUUGAGAAGGACACACAGUCUGUUCAUGUUUCCCACCUUCCUCCUGAGGUGAUUCUGAAGGUAUUCAGAUAUCUCAGCCCAGUGGAGCUGUGUCGCUGUAGCCAGGUCUGUACAGAUUGGUCAGAACUCACUAAAACUGGAUCUCUUUGGAAGCAUCUCCAUCCUGUCCAUUGGGCCAGAGGUGAUUAUUAUAGCCGCCCGCCUGGAGAGCUGGACCUGGAGCCCGAUGAUGACUGGGUAAAAAAUCGAGAAGAUGAGAGCAAAGCCUAUCAAGAAUGGGAUGAAGAUGCAGAUAUUGAUGAAUCUGAGGAGGCUGCAGAAGAUUCCCCAGCUAUUAACAUUGCACAGAGAGAGAAGCACUUGCUUAAUGGGAUGAUUAAAAAUCUGCUUCCAGUGGUCGGACCGUCUGUGAAAUCUCUCAUCCUGGCAUACAGCUCUGCUCUCUCCAGCAAAAUGAUACGACAAAUGCUUGAACUUUGUCCAAACUUAACACACUUGGAUCUCACCCAGACAGACAUUACUGACUCGGCAUUUGACAGCUGGUCGACCGUUGGGAGCUGCCAGGCGCUGGAACACCUGGACCUGUCUGGCUGUGAGAAGAUCACAGAUGUGGCGUUGGAGAAACUGUCCAAGGCUGUUGGAGAUCUCACAGUGCCAGAUGGAAAAGAGGGAAUUACUAAGAAUUGUCAAAACAAUUGUGCAAAAAUCUUAAAGGGACACCAACAGAUCAGCCUGCAGCCCAGCAAUGAAUGCGGUCUCCGUGUGCGGGGGCAUCAGACACUUAUCUUUAAAGGCAAACCCGGAAGUGCGGUGAGCGUGUCCUCGCGGGCCUGGAUGAUAAACCGAGCAGACAUGGUCGAUAUUGAGGAUGCGGCUGAGUGGAGGCAGACAAGUGUUGAGGGUCUUCGUUUAGUAGAGGCUCCACCAGCAGGCAACGCUUCCAGUUUAGCCUCUUGCUAUUGCAGAAACAACAAUCGUGGCUUAAGGACUAGUGCCUGUAGGCAGCAGUUUACCUCUCCUGCUUCCUCAGCACUUUGUGGCCAUUCAUUCUGCUGUUCCGAAACAGCACUAAGGACUAUUGAAACACUCCCAGAACCCUCUGUGCUGUGCAAUAAAAUGUUCAGGACUAGACAGACAGAGGAGAAGGACAUGGCUUGUUCUGGGAGUGAAAAAAGGACAGAUCAUCCUCGAGCUAGACGUGCUCUAAAGUUUCUGAGUUUGUCUGGAUGUUAUCAGAUCACAGAUCUGGGGCUAAGAGCCCUCUCCUUGCAUGGCGGUCUCCCUUGUUUGGAACACCUGAAUCUUUCUGGCUGCCUGUUUAUUACUGAAGUUGGAUUACAGGAGUUGGUCUCUGCUUGUCCUGCUCUAAACGAUGAGCACUUCUAUUAUUGCGACAACAUUAACGGUCCCCAUGCGGAUACCGCCAGUGGAUGCCAGAACUUGCAGUGUGGUUUCAGAGCAUGCUGCCGUUCUGGGGAAUGAACACCUCCCCCACCCUUUCUGUAUGCUUCUCAUAGCUGUACAGGUUUUACUUCAUGCACUUUACACUAGGAAUAACAUUCAAUGUAUUUUAUCCCUUCAGAUGUCCUAAGGAUAAGGAUAGAUUUGGUAUAGCAUUUGUUCUCAAAAUACAGUUAUGUUAAAGAUGUUGUCUCAUCUCAAUCUGCUUUAAUUACAUAAGGAAAAAUAUAUGUAAGUAAAGGUUGUUUUGUUAAUGUCUUGAACAUGGGUAUUUCAAAAACAUACAAACAUUGAAAAAUAAGGGUCCAAUAUGGAGUGGUAUAUUCAAUGCUUGAUAACUUAAAUAUGUUGAAUAAACUUCUGAAAAAAACAACUGACUUUUAAGGUUAUUUCACAAUCAGAUCAAUACCUAUAAUUAACUAUUAGUGUUCCCACAUUUGGAAAAUAACCCCCUUGAUAUAUAUGCCCAGAAUGUACCUUUUUUUUACAAUAGCAAUUCACCUUCAAAAAAUAAAAAAUAAUUUACAUUUAUCUACGAGGUACAAUUCAUGAUUUUUCAUGUUUUUGCUAACAUUUGAAAAGGAUGAACCCUAAAUAAUAGAUGCUUACAAAUGUAUAAUUCAAAGGCUUUAUUUGGCUUUAAAUAAAUGCUCUACAAUUAAUUGCCAUACCUAUAUUGCUAAAACUGCUGGCCCACAUAAAAGUAGUGAAUUCAAAUUAUUGGUUAUUAUUUGUUUAUUUAGCAGACGCCGUUAUCCAAGGUGACUUACAGAGACUAGGGUGUGUGAACUAUGCAUCAGCUGCAGAGUCACUUACAACUACGUCUCACCCGAAAGACGGAGCACAAGGAGGUUAAGUGACUUGCUCAGGGUCACACAAUGAGUCAGUGGCUGAGGUGGGAUUUGAACCGGGGGUCUCCUGGUUACAAGCCCUUUUCUUUAACCACUGGACCACACAGCCUCCUGUUGGUUUUCCCUUCAAAUUUCCUUCAAGUAGAAAAAAGAAAAUACAUGUAUGUGUGUAAAAAAAAAACAAAAAAACAACAAAACUUUAAAUGUUGUUUGUGUAGGGUAUUAAAUACAGUAGUCUCCAGCUGAGAACACCCCUCGAGAUUAUGUAAAACUAUUUAACUUAGUGGACUGAAAAUGUCAUGUAGCGACUUUUAUUCCAGCGUUUUUCACCUACAAAUGUGGUUUUGCACUACACACUGUAGCUUUAAAGUGUAAUGUUUGUUUUGUGAAAAUAUUUGAAAUGACAAAAGUGGACAUACUGCAGCAAUUUUGAAUUGUAUUUCACCAGUCAAUAAAUAUGUUAACUGCACUUCUAGAUUAUUUAGAGUGACUGUGUGAUGUGCUCUACCUUUUGAAUUUUAAGCAUGCCUAAUCUAUCGGGUUAAUGUUAAUAUGCCUGUAAUUUUGCCCCUGCCUGAGUCAGCGUCUCCCCCCCCCCCUCACUUUUGCCUUGACAAUCUGGUAUUUGGGCAUAUAUUGUUACAUUCUAAAUCUUAACCGUACAUCAAUAUACUGUAGUCCGAGCUUUGUUUUAUUUAAUAUUCAGUGAAAGUGGAUGAUUAAAUGUAUAUUACUGAGCUUUUAAUUUCAAAAGGUGUUCUUUUUAGGGUCUUACCCCAUACUUCUAUUUUAAAAUUCAGACAUAUAUACAGUAGGAAGAAAUUAUGUUGCAGUUUUUAGUGCUGUUAACUCUAGGCACAAUACAUUUGAUGAUGUUUGAUGAAUGCAGAUAUGUUUGUAUUGUAAAGUAAGAAACAUUUGAUCUAUAAUUAAUGAGUUCUAAUGCAUUUAUAAUAAGCAGCACAAAAUGAUUACCCACAAUAAGAUCAAUACAAUGAGAUAUAGUUAUGGGGUUUAGUACCAAUAUAAAAAUAAUUAACUAUCA